AUGGCUAUAGCUGAUACGGUCCUCUUCUUCCUCCGCAGGCACGCCAAGUCCCGAGCCAAGCUGCAGGGACUCACGGCGCACGACACGGAAGCCUCCAAGGACUACCAGGACCUCUGUCGGGCACGAAUGGCAGGCAAAACCGGCGGCGAAGGAGGGAAGACGGAGCCAGCGCCAACGCACGCACAGGGACAACGCGUCUCCAGCCUCUCUAGGGAUUCGGACAACGGCAACAACUCCCCUUCGUCCCGGUCGUCCACCAGUUCAUGGAGUGAGGAACCCGUUGCAUCCAACAUGGAUAUCUCAACGGGCCAUAUGGUGCUGUCGUACAUGGAGGACCACCUGAAGAACAAGGACCGCCUCGAGCAGGAGUGGAUCGCCCUCUGUGCCUACGAAGCCGAGCCCUGUGCGACCACGCUUGUUUUUCAGCCUGAGAACAACAAGAAGAACAGGUACCCAGACGCUGUUCCUUACGACCACAAUCGAGUUGUUCUGAACGCGCACGCCAACGUCAACGGCUCGGACUACAUCAACGCCUCCUCCAUUACGGACCACGACCCCCGCAACCCCGCCUACAUCGCCACCCAAGGGCCCCUCGACGCAACGGCAGCCGACUUCUGGCAGCUGGUGUGGGAGCAGGGCAGCGUGGUGAUCGUUAUGCUGACGAGGCUCACGGAGAACGGACACGCCUUCUGCCAUCGCUACUGGCCUGAAGAAGGAAGCGACCUGUAUCACAUUUAUGAGGUCCAUCUGGUCUCGGAACACAUCUGGUGCGACGACUACCUGGUCCGUUCCUUCUACCUGAAGAACGUGCGGACCGGCGAGACGCGCACCGUCACGCAGUUCCACUUCCUCUCGUGGCCCGACUCUGGCACUCCGGCGUCCACCAAGGCACUGCUCGAGUUCAGAAGGAAGGUCAACAAAUCAUACAGAGGGAGGUCGUGCCCCAUCAUCGUGCACUGCAGCGACGGCAUCGGGCGCACGGGCACCUACUGCCUCAUCGACAUGGUGUUGAACCGCAUGGCGAAGGGCGCGAAGGAGAUCGACAUCGCCGCCACCCUGGAGCACAUCCGGGACCAGCGGCCUCACAUGGUCAAGAGCAAGGCCCAGUUCGAGUUCGUGCUCAUGGCCGUCGCCGAGGAGGUGCACGCCAUCCUCAAGGCCCUCCCUCAGUAGCCUCCGACAGCUCCAAGAAGUUGACGACCCCUGGCGAGAUUCUUAAGGACUUUUUUUUGCGUAAGCAUUACAACUUUUAUUGCUUAGAUAUAUAUAUAAGAAGGGAAGAUAAAACUUAUAGUACUCGUAAGUCCGUUGAGGUGCGGCGGGGGAAGGGAAGUUGGAAUUCCCCCACUUCGGUUCUUCGUCCAUCCGAGCGCCAUCUUGU